GGGCGUGGCAGGGCGGAGGGACGCUGGGAGUGGCGGUUGUUUCAAGAUGGCGGAUGUCGCCGCGGGGCCAGGGCCGGAAGGAGCCGCUUACUGGAGCAAGGACCUUUCUGAUGAAGAUCGGCCUCCUGUAUAUGUCCCAGGCGUUUCUACGGAGAGGGAUUUUAGGGCAAGACACCUGCUAAAAGGUCAGAAAGCGGAAGUGAAUGUGAAGGUUCCUGCAGCUACUACUCCUGUCCCAAUGGAUGCUUCGAAAAGCACAGGAGGAGGAGGAAGAGGAGAAGCGCCUGGGCAGCAGGUCCCUGACAAAGGAGGGAUGAAGAGUGCUUCUCUAAAGGAUUUAUGCCCUGAAGACAAGAGGCGCAUAGCAAACUUAAUUAAGGAGCUUGCAAGGGUGAGUGAGGAAAAAGAGGUGACAGAGGAGCGCCUGAAAGCUGAGCAGGAGUCGUUGGAGAAGAAGAUCAGACAACUUGAAGAACAGAACGAACUCAUCAUCAAAGAAAGGGAAGCUCUACAGCAGCAAUACAGAGAGUGCCAGGAACUUUUGAGCCUUUAUCAGAAGUAUCUGUCGGAGCAGCAAGAGAAGCUAACACACUCCCUUUCAGAGCUGGAGGCUGCGAAGCAAAAGGAGCAACAGAUGUCCAAUCACAGAAGUCUCUGUCAGCGUCUGCCAACUUCAGAACUGGAUGGAUCCUACCUUAGUAUAGCUAGAUCGCAGGCUUUAUACAAGAAGAACAGACUGGCAGGUGGAAGUCCUACUCACACAUCUCUAGCUCAGCCUUGUAGGAACGGUCGUGUUCUUGGGGAUGCAGUACAGGGCAGUCAGCAAGAGGAUCAAAAUGUGUUCCUGCUGGAAAAUGGGUUGCAUGAUAAAUGUAGCAACAUGGUAUCCCCAGCAAGGCAAAAGUUGCCUCCCCAUAUGAAAAGAACUCCUGCUGUUGACCAAAGGAGGAACAGCUGUCCUCUUCAAACUUGUUUUUUCCACAAGACAUUGGGUGGCUCAGAUAAUGGUUCUUUCCAAGGUAGCUGCCACAUUCCAAAAAAACAUUCUGGACCACCUUGUGAAUCCUUUGCGCGUUGCUCAUGCCCAUCACAUACUUCUGGGCUGAAUGGCAGUGCAGGCUCGGGAUCAAAAGAAAUGGAACGUGGUAAAAGGCUAUCAGAAGAAAGAAGAAAGCAGCUGUUGCUGCAGAAAAUAGAGCUGGAAAUUGAGAAAGAGCGCCUUCAGAAUUUGCUAGCCAAACAGGAGGCAAAACUGCUGCUUCAGCAACAGCUGCUCCACCAAUCCAGGCUCGAGUACAGUCGGUUUAAAGGCCACACUCCCAAUGCCGAGGAGCUGCUCCUUGAUGAAGUGCUGAUGAGGCCGGACGGCCUGGCCCCAGCAAUAAACGGCACUUGUGGGGGACUAAGUUCUCCAAAACUCAACUGUGAAGGUUGCCUUUCAAAAGCAUCAGCAUCUGGAAAAGGCUGCAAAGCUCCAGGAAGCAGUGGCGGGAACAGCUCAGGGAAGAAAAGUGUUGGCUUCAGUGCCCACAUGGAAGAUGAAGCCUUUGGGGCGCACACAAGAAAGGAAACUGUCAGGCCAAGAAGAGGGAUGACUUCAGCCUCCCGAAAGGAUGCAGCUACAUCCCCAGGACUGACAGGCAGCAGAAAAGAGCUUAUAACCGCAGCCACCUCCCCAAUCCAGCCUGACACCUUGCGAUACGAGUCUUCUCUCUUUGACCUGGUGGAAGCAGUGAGCCCGAGACUUCAGCAUCACUGCAGAGAAAGUCAUGGCCCCAGCGCAGUGCAUGUGCCCCAGAGCAGAGGCUGGAGGAAGCCUGGUUGCAGUCGGAGCCCUUCCGGUGACAAGAAUGGGGUGGCUGAGCUAGAGGAGAGCCGGAUUCUGGAGGAAAUCUUUUUCAUUUAAUGGCCCCAGUGCUUGCAGCCUUUCCAGUGGAUCCAAGGACCUUCUUUCUCUUUCUAACAUGGGCAUGUUUACAUGUCAGAAUAUUGCUUUUAAAUUAUUUGAUUGACGAAUGAUUGUUUCUUAACUUCCCCUUAGAAAAACAAUUAACAUGAUAGUUUCCCUGUCCAUGUUCCAAAUCAUGUUUUAAAAGCAUCCUUUUGAACAGGCUGACCGGAAUGUAAGCAAAGCAUUUCUGGGCUCUUUUCUCUCUCCCCAGUGUCAGGCCAUUGUGGAAGGGAUUAGUAUUUCAUUAUUGACUUUUUUCCUUUUUAUCUGUGAAAACCAGUUGGCUAGAGCUUUGUCGCUUGUUCACACACAAAAGCACGUUCCAACUUUAUCAUUUUCCAAGUUGCCUGUUAACAUUGAGGGUGCUAUCAUACAUGCAGCUAAUGAAUUUCCAGAACCUUCUAUCAGAUUCUGUGUGGUACCAUUUAACUGUUUUUUCGUGGAUAUUCUGCUGCAGCUGUCAACACUAAUGGACAUUUCUCUGUUAAUGAAUCUUUUUUUAAAGGGUAUAUUUGAUAUAGGAUAUCUGCUGAGAGAGUAUGCCCUUACUGCUUAGCUAUCUUAACAAAAUUGGUCAUCCUAAAAACCUAAGCUGCUAAAUUUUCUCCACACCCCAUACAAAAAGCAUUAUAGGGUGAGACCAGCUCAUAGAAUGUUUUCUCUUAUUUUUAUUUUUUGACCUUCUGCCCAUUCCUUGGUGUUGUAAGUAAAGGCAAAUCAGUAAUUAUUGCCACUUGUAACGUACAUUCCUCCUCCCAGCUUUAAUUAUUCACGCCACAUAUGUAUUCCAGUUUGUUUUAAAAGGUGCUCCCCCUAAGCUGCCUGCUCGGUGAUUUAAAGAAACAUGUGGAAUUGGGGGGGGGAAGGACUGCAGAUUGCAGGAUCAGCAAUCCCUUUCUGCAGUGUGCAUAUUUCAGCAGAACAGUAGCCACUGGCAUGAAUUCCUAGAAGCCCAGCUUCUCACAUUACAAAGGCAGAGCAAGAGGAAGACUUGUGUCCCUUUUUGGGUGGGCUGCUAGAGGAGAGGGUGGGAACCCACCAGUUCUGUCAUGCUGGUUCUUCUCCUAACUUUAGCCUUGCCCAUUUGCUUAUGUGCCAGAGGUGGGCUAGGAAGCGAUUGUUUUGACAAGGUAGGACAUCCAUUAUUCAUUCCUUAGGACCACCAAUGGAGGGCGGGCUCAGUGCCCUCCAACAGAUCACAUGGUAGCAUUUCCCAGAGCUUCUGUGGGCAGUAGCACAAGUUCUAGCAUCUUUUGGAUUUAUUUUUGUUUUGUUUUGUUUUUUGCAAAAUUGCAGUGAGGCCAAAGUUCUCCAGCUGACCAAGGAUCAAUUGUGCGCUAUAUUAAUGGAUGAACAGAUGAAAGUAGGAAAUACUGAACUGUAAUUACAUAUAUUGCAGGUUCAGGGCCUUUCCCAGUGUAACUCAGUGAUCAUUUGAUUCCUUGACUGUUGGCCCUCUCUCCUUCUGGCUGAUGUUUCUGCCUCAUCAUGGCCUCUAGCGUUGAUUAGCCAGCAUCAUCUUAGGGCAGCAAAUUGCUGCCCACCAGCUCAGAUUGUGACCUUUUUCAUGGUUCUGUCAUUUGAGCAUAGGAAUUCAUCCUAAAAUAGGAGCUGCCCAAAAGCAAAUAUAACGUAAAACAACAGGAUUCCUUUCUAAGCUUCCUUUUUUUUAGACAGUCUAAUCUUCAGGAACGAAUCCAAGAAGCUUUAUUUUUAAUUUCUGGCCUUCUUCUGUUUGCCACCCUGCUUGCCUUUUAAAGAUACCACUUUCAAGCUUAAAAGGUGACUUCAGAUUUACAUUCCAGAGCUCUCUGUCAGAGUGAUUUUAUUUGUCUCCAGUUCUUAGUCCGUGCCAGUACCUAGCCUCUUUAAAUAUUGAAUCUAGGAUUUUCGAUAAAGCUCUUGAUAAACAGGUUGGAUUAGCGCUGUUGAUUUUUGUGUCAAACUGUACCUUGGUCAUCUGUGUCUUUUGAAAGGACCAUUGUCAAGGGUUCAACUUUUAAAACUCUAUUCAUAACGGCUAAAAAUUAUCCAUGGGGGGGGGGAAACAUGUCUCUGAGGCACUUUUUAAAAAAUUGUAAUAAAAGGAUGCAAGGAGUCAUUUGCAGAGGUGGGCCAACCACGCCAAUUACAAUUACAUGGAGUCAGGUGGCUGUCAUUUUGGGGUACGGAUAGUGGGUUAAUGUUGGAUUAAAUGGAGAAUGUGCAUAAAUCCCCCACCAUUGUGCACAUAUUAGCAAUAUGAGCGAGGAAUUGUGUACAUUGUCCAGUUAGUCUGCAUAACCUCCCAGUAAGGAUAACCUCCAAGAUGUUGAUUGGUGAAUGCAACUUAGUAAGGAAAUAUGGACAAUGCCACACUUACACUGUUUAGCGUGUGCAUGUUCGUUAUAGUGACUGGUUUUCAUGCACAUCCUUUAAUUCAGCUGGCACUCGCCUCCAGAAAGCAAACGUGUAAUCUUCCUAUGCAGACCCCUCUGCUGUAUUUCUUGGUAGAAUUGUGCAAACGGUCUUCAGCAGCCAAUGCAAGUGGAAGGUAUUUUGUCACAAGGCGUUAUAAAAUGGAAGUUAUUAAAAACAUUUAUGGCCUUGGAGGGAAGGGCGAGGAAGAAUCAAUGGCUGUCAAAUAGCAAAGGAGCAAAAUCAGCGGUUGUAGAUGGAAAUUAUUUUUCCACCUACUGAAACAGUAGAAGAGAAUCAAAACUUAAACUAGCCAAAGAAGUCUCUUGGUGCUGUCCAUUUACAUUUGAACUGUUGUAGUUGAAAGCACCAGCCAGGGAGACUAGAGUGUGAAGGGAAAGGCUCUUUCUAAGAUUUAUGCUUUGUGUGUUGCUGGAUGGUGUCAGAAUGGCCCCAGAGUAAUGAUUCUUGUGAAGGAUGGCUCUUCCUGUGGUGAGUCCUGUAGUGGCUCCUGCGCAGUGUGCCAUUGCUGUUUCACCGAUUGAUGUUGCCUGCCCCCCAUGCACUUUGUAAGAAAUGGAUCUGUAAAAACAAUCACCCUCCCCCCCCCCAACUUUUUGGGUUCUGCUUCAUAAAUACUACCUUAAACUUGAUUGGAUCUUUAAAUAUAAACACAUGUAAUAUUUUAAUUUAAUAAAUUAUCAAGGUGGAUUCUCUGC